GAUACCCAUACCCAUACCCAUACGGACGUGAUGUUGAAGAUCUUCAAGUCUGGCCAAGAAGACUGUCACUUUCCCGUGAAACCUGCAUUCAAUUCAAUUCAAUUCAAUUUACCCUUCAAUUCUUCAAUCUUCUCUUUCUCUUCUUCAAUUGCCCCUGCAAGAAAGAAAGAGAAAAAACCAAGAAAAAAUAUCUGGGUAUCCACCUCCAGAUUCCCCUCGCUUUCGAUUGUUUUACGUCUUGGUUUCUUUUGUUUCAUCCUGGGGUCUUCCCUGACCGGAUUCUUUCCCCCAAAAUGGUGAAUCUUGGUUUGAUUUCAGGGAGCAAGUCUGGGAAAUCCGUGAAAUUGAGUUUCAGAAUCGCUUAUUACACUCAAUGGGGGGCAGACUCUUCUGGUCUCUUCUUCUGAACCGGUGCUUGGUUCAUGGAGUGUUAAGAAAGGCCUUGUGUUUAGUCCUUGUCAUGAAGACAGGUUCGGAUGAUCUCCCUCUUCGAAGUGCCUUGAUAAAUGUCAUCUUCCACAAAACUUGGAGCUUGGAUAUUGAAGGAUCCUCAGAAUAAUUUUGGUGAGAAAUGUAAUCGCAAUUCAAAGUAACUGGAUUUUUCCUUUUGACAUUUGUCUCUGGUUUGAUAUCACCAUCUGCUUUGAUGUGUGUUGUUUGCAUUUUAACAUCAUAAGCAGAUUCAGUGAUUGUUCAUUUCAAAAUUUGCUUCCCAAGUAUGGAAGAAGGAUCAUCAGGAAGAUCUCCUCCUGGAUGAUAUUACACAAUUCUCUGCAAAUAGUUGGGUACUUGCAGAUUUUCCGGAAGAUCUAUUUUUAAUAUGUGGAAUUUAUUUUAAGGUCUAUUUUUAAUACAUUGAAUUUAUCAACUGUUGACUUCCUUAAUUUCAGCACAUAUAUGUGUACAUUUUCCCUCUUUUUUAUAAGUAAAUCCAUAAUUUCGGCAGAUUUAUGUAAUUAUAAGUUCUGUAAUAUGUUCAGGAGGCACUUAAACUUAAUUACGCCAGUGAAUCAAUUUGGCAAGCAGAUUGGGUUAUGAAAAAGAACGAUUUUCUUAUUAAAUAUCCUUUUGGCUGUCCACGUCUGGCAUAAGUUGUGACGUAUUAAUUAUUUUAUUUUAUUUUUGUAACUUCUCCCCACUCCCCCCCCCCCGCCUCAAAAAAAAAAAAAAAAAAGAAAGGAAAGAAAACGGAGAGAAAAACAUAUUGGUCUUUGUUUCUCCCUUAGCAGCUAGUUCACAUGCAGAUGGGGUAAAUAUAGCAAGGCAGGGAACUUUUCCUUAGAAAUUGGUCAAAAUUGAGUCCUAAUUGUUGACUUCGGAAGUUGCCUGCUUUUAAAGUUUUUUCUUUUCCCCUCAAAGUGGACUUUUCCCUCUGUAAACCAGUGAAUGUACUGAUAUGUGAUCUUUAUUGGCGUUACUUUUACUGAUCCCACGGGACAUCUUACAGAAUAUCACAAUUGGCUCAAAAUUUUUUAUAGGGCUGCAAGCAAACGGACCUGAGGCAUGUAUCUGGCUGUUUUUGGUCACUAGGUUGCAAGAAGCGUGUAUGCUUGGCUCAGGCAUCAGUCUUUCCAAUAAUUUGUGUUUUCUCUUAGCUUGGCUAUCAGAUUUCAUGCCUGAAAACUUAUUAUCACUGUUAGAUUUUAUGCACACCUUUCGGGAAUUCCAAAUCUUAGUCAUCGACUUUCCAUGCCCUAAUUUUUUGUGGUUGAAUAAAUGCGGUUAGUGAUUGAUUAGAUUUUGUUACUCAAAUGUGGCACCGAAAAGCAAGUAGGAUGUGCCAUGCCACAUCAAAACACAUUUCAUAAGUGCACUGGUGGAGACAUAUGAUUACUUGAUUGCGUGUAACUUUAUCUUUCAUCACAUUUUUAUUAGCCUUCUUAUAAUUUUCUAUGUGGCAAAAUAGCAAAUGUGAGCUACCUUAGGCUUGCUAAGAAAAUGAAUUGAGAAAUAGAGAUGGAUAAAUAGCUUUGUCUUGUUGUUCAGUGACUUUAAUGGACCUGAGUAAUCAUUUUUCAUCAUCAUAUGAUUUGAAAAUAUUAUAAUCUCUUAUCCCACUUGUUUUUGGUCGUGCAGCUCGCUUUCAGUAUUUGCAUUGCACCCAUUGUACCUGAGAGUACAUGCCCUUUCAAAUUCUAUUCCAGAGGAGAUCAAGCAUGAAGUCCAAAGGGCGAAAGAAGAGCUGGUUAGAAAGAAGCUGCAGAAUAUGCAAGAAAGAAAGGAGUGGUGCUGAAAGGAGAUCUGCCUAUUGGUGUUGACAGAAACAGUGUGGAUACGUGGGUCGACCCAAAUCUGUUCUGGAGGAACACAUCUACUGGGGCACCUCCUGAUUAUUUUGAUAAAAAUGGGCAAAAUUGGGGAUUCCGACUUGUAAUUGGGAGGUGAUGUCAAAAGACAAUUAUGCUUGGUGGCGUGCCCGCUUAACACAGGAUUGAUCACAUACUUGGAUUCUUUAGGAUCUGGGAGCUUCCAGAACAUGCAAUGACGGGUCUUGUUGGGAAGUUUCGACCCACUAUUCCUUUAUCUCAGGAAGAGCUUGAAAGAGAGGGACUGGGACUUUGAUCGCCUGAGACGUCCAUAUAUUCGGCAGGAAUGUUUACAGGUAAUUUAAUUCGCGAGAGUACAAUUGGUGUUGGAACACCGUUUGCUAAGCUUCCUAAUGGGGAAACUUAUUUCAAGAAUGCAACCGGACGUUGCUCGAAUGGAUUGUUGAUGAUCAAUUAUUUGGCGAUGGCGACGAGCUUACCUUUCCUAGACCCGUACAUGAAUACGAGUGGAGACUUUGGACAUGGAGUAAAUUUUGCAGUUGCAGGCUCUACAACACUGCCUGUGGAUUUUCUAGCCAAGAAAAAUAUUUCAACUAUGGUUACACAUAGUUCACUUGAAGUACAACUUGGUUGGAUGUCUACACAUUUUAACUUUACUUGUCAUAACGAAAGAGAUUGUUUGGAGAUGCUUAAGAGUUCCCUUUUCAUGGUUGGAGAGAUUGGAGGUAAUGAUUAUAAUUAUGCUUUCUUGGGAGGUAAAACUAUGGAAGAGAUAAAGGAUAUCGUACCCGAUGUUAUACAAGCCAUUACUGACGCUGUUAGAACUGUUAUUCAAUAUGGAGCUGUUCGAGUGGUGGUUCUCGGUAAUUUUCCAAUAGGUUGUUUUCCACUUUACCUUACUGUUUUUGAGGCUAACGACACGACAGCCUAUGACGAGCAUCAUUGUUUGAAAGAGCUAAAUGGCCUAUCAAUCUACCACAAUAAUCACUUAAAGAAGGCCAUUAAAGAAUUAAAACAAGAAUUUCCUAAUGCUGUCAUUGUAUACGGCGAUUACUAUAAUGCUUUCGAAUGGCUUUUCGUGGAGGCCCCAUAUAUUGGAUUUGAUGACACAUCUCUUCAGAAAGCAUGUUGUGGCAUUGGAGGUAAAUACAAUUUCAAUCUAUUCAAAAAUUGUGGAGUUCACGAGGUGUCUGUUUGUUUAAAUCCAAAUGAAUUCAUCAGUUGGGACGGGGUGCAUUUAACGCAACAUGCUUAUCUAAUUAUGACUAGAAGGCUUGUCGAGGACAUGCUACCCCAACUUCUUUGCAAUUUUAUUUAG